UAUCUAACAUUAAGCAACAAUUGAAUUUCGAACAAGAAACCCGGAGUGCAACCCAUAUGAACUCAAUUCAAACAAAGACUUUCUUCGAAAUUUAUCAUUUGACUUGCUCAUUAUCAACCAGUUAACCGGGAAUAAAAAAAAAACGUAUUCCUAUUUGCAGAUGCUCAUUAUGUGAUGUUUGCGUAGAGCUGCGCCCAGUCAGCCGAUCUGCUAUAAAAAAAAAACUAAUCUCCGGCGAAAAUGUUCUGUCCAAUCUGCUAAUAAGGAGGGACAACACAUAACGCUCAGAGAUCCAGAGGAAAUAAUAAUCUGGUUACGUGACCGUUCCGAUAGCCCGACAUGCAUUUCAGCAAUGAAACGGAAAUGAUCCAAUGUCCCAAUACGAAACGCAGAGUAAUUGAUCCGUCUGCUCCAAAAAACUGCAGUACUUCGUCCACCGAUUCGGGUGUUAUACUAAACGAUAAUGCGGCAACUUUUCGGCCGGAUAAGGAGACCAAAGAUCGGGGGACGGACGAGGGGCAGGCCCAAUCGAAAUCGGAAGCGAAAACGGAACCCAAGCGUAUCAGCAUCGAGCACACUGUGAAUAUAACAAAGGAGAAGGCUGGAAAGACAUCAUCAUCGCCGGCGGUUUCCAUACGGAGCACAACCAUUUCGAUUGUUUCCAUCGAUGAGAAUGCCAUCGACUCCAGUUGUAUUGAUAGUGAUUCGGAGGGCGAUGCCGAGGAUUACACGGUGCAGAAGCUGGGUCACCAGGUCACCUACCCGCCCCACAGUUCCCACCUGCGCGACCUUAACCAGGGUCUAACGGUGAUCAGUCGUCAGGUGGCGCCAGGUGGUCAGGCGGAAGUACCGCCUCCAAAUCCCCUGGAAGCUGGUGUAGUGGCCAAGCAGAUAUUAAACGGUAAUCUGGCCCUGGCCACGCCCACUUCUCCGGCCGGAGGCGUAGCAACCCAGGGAAUCGGUAGCAUCGCGCUGACCAACUCCACGGACGUGACCUUCGGUGAUAAGCACUUCUACGAGGGACCCGUGACGAUACAACAGUUUCUCAUCGACAAUCGGGACAAGUGGAAAGCGGGCGAAGGACCAGAUGGUGGUCAGGAUAAUCCCGCCUUUAAUGGAGGAGCCACAGCUAAUGGCAAUGCGCCGGGUUCCAAACUGGAUGAUUCGCCGCAGACACCACCCCUCUGCCCUUUUUUGCCCAACACCAUUGGGCGUAAGGCCGUCACGAUAACGGUGCUUUUUGUGCUUUUAACCCUUAUGCUAGGCGUCGUACUGGCCACCACCACAAACCUCUUCGACAAGACGUUGAACCAAAGUAAGCUCAGCGACGUCGACGAUUCCAGACAAAAUAUUCCAAUCAAUUCAACAAUAGAUCAGGACAAUAUUGGUGGCGGAUUGAUACUGCGGUUUGUGGAGCGUCAGCAGUGGCUCGCCCAGCCGCCGCAGAAGAAGAUUCCCGACUUGGAGCAGCCGGUGAAGUUGGUCAUAGUGCUGCCCACCAAUUCGGAUGACUGCACCACCCAGGCGCAGUGUGUGUUCCGAGUGCGCCUGCGACAGUCCUUCGAUAUAGAGUCGGUACAGGAGGACGAUAUAGUCUUCAACUUCCUGAUCGGCGGCGAUGGAAAUGUGUAUGUGGGACGUGGCUGGGAUCAGGUGGGCGCCCACAUGGCCGGCUAUAACUCGAAGAGUCUUAGCCUGGCCUACAUCGGAUCUUUCCAGACCCGCAAGCCGUCGGACAAACAGCUCAGCGUGACUCGUCUUUUGCUGCAGCGCGGCGUUAAGCUGGGCAAGAUAGCUCCAAACUACCGACUAACGGCGGCCAGUAAAUUGGAGCCAACUCUCACCCAAUACAAGGCGGAUGCCCUCUACCAAAGCUUCGGCAACUGGACUCAUUGGUCGUGAAUAGUUUAAGUUAUAUGCGCAUCUCCGAUAUUUGGAUAUUAUUAUUCAUAUUCGCAUUGAUAUUGUAGCGUAAAUAGGUGUUCUCCCUUAAAUGUGUGGCAUAUUCGAUUUAGUUAGAAUUACGAUUUGUUUGAAAAAAAUGUGAUAUUAAAUAAAGCAAAAUGAUUAA